AUGUACAAUUGCGAAGUUGACAUCGAUAAGUGUCGGAUGAUAUGGCGGCUGGUUGGCCUAAAUACACGACGAUUUGUAGGUCAGCCGCGUCUCAAACGACAAGGCGUCAAAGGUGGCGACGCACUGGAGUUCGCCGGAUCCUUCGACAUGCCGAUUUUUGCGAAUCCAGUUGACGCAGCCGUUCUUCGGGGUUUUUCAUCGUGUAUGAUGAGGUUGCAAUCGCGUCUGUAAAUUAGAUACAGUAUCAAAAAAUAUUUGUUUUUAUUUGCGCGAACAUGAAACAUCUUUUUAUAUAGAAGUCAAAGAACUUGUUCUGCGCCAUUUCGGUUUCAGCUGAGUUGGAAAAAAAUUAGCGUAAUGUGAACCUUUUUUUCUAAAUUAAAUAUGAUGUAGAGCACGAUUUUUUUAAUAUUUUCUGUAAAGAAAAAAAUGAAUAUCAUCACUUUUUUUCGAGAUGUGGUAGCUCAAAGGAAUACGGUAAAAAAAGCUUCGAAAAAUUUAUUUCUCGGCAAAAAAAUCAACAAAUCUCGACCAAAGUUUGUUACAAGCUGUUGAAUUGUUUUAAAUUUCAAUUCAAAUUUAAAAAAAUCUAAAAAUCUUAUUAUUGCUAAUUAUUGCUCAUAUUAGAGAAUUUUUUUCCCAAAAAAAUUCAUAACCAGUAUAUAAAGUUUCGGACCGGCGUUUUUUUCUUGGCUCUAUCAAAACCACAGAAAAGAAAUGGUGUGCCCAAAACACUUGAAUUUUAUCGUCAGAAAAAAAGUUUCAAUAGCGAUAUUAAGACCUCAAAAGGAUAGGAGUUCGAGUUAACAAAAUAUGAUUUCUGAAGCUUUUUUUCAUGAUUAUAACGUUUCAUUUCUCAUAGACGCCCACAAUUCGGGAUUAUGUUUAUCAACGAAAAAAAUAUUCAAUUGAUUAAAUUUUUCAAAAAUUUUGUUGGAUUCAGUCCAAUGGACUGAGUUUUAUUAACUUUUGAAUCUUUUUAAAAAUUCAUUAUAUUCGAAUUUAAACCAUUUUUUUGAUUACUUGAUAGUAUUAACUCAUUAAGAAACUAGCGAGCUAGUUUUUUUCAAAAAUUUCAUUUUCGGGGAAUUUUCAUUGGGAUUCGAAAAAAAUAAUUUAUGCAAAAUGAAGAGUUUCGCGGGUUUCAAAGCUCAUUUUAAGUGUCUCGAAUUCGAGAUUGAAGAUAACUUUCCUAAAAUUGUAUUUCAAAAAACAUAAGCAUUAGAUGCUCAGCAAGAUAUAUAUUUAACUCAUGUCGUGAAUUAUGAUUCUUCCACUUCCCUGUUUUGAUUCUCAUCCUUUCAAAGACUUCUAAAAAAGCCUUUCUUUUUCCUAUAAGAUUCGAGGCAUAUAACUUUCAUCAAACUUGUGAAACUUCUUAUCUUAACGGAAAAGCUGACGGACACCUCGUUCCCUAGAUAAAAGAAUCUGAAAGAUCAAGUUCAGCAAUGAGUGAAGGGUGUCUGUGCAAUGUCCACUGUCUUAUCACACGAUCCAAUUGAUGUUCCUGGAGAAAUGUCAAUCUACAAGUGCUCAUAUAAAAGAGCGCCCUGAAGACAGUUCUUCACUUCGAUCAUGAUUCGAUCGUUCGUCUUCGCAGCCCUCGUGGCUCUGGCUCUGGCCGCCAGCCCACGAUUUGAGCGCACCUUCCAGCCCAAAAACGAGUACCACUACCGCUUCGAGGGACUCGUCCUUGCCGGACUUCCCGCCACUUCUUCUGAAAUCUCUCAAACUCGCAUCGACGCCCUCGCUCGUCUCCAGACCGUUGAUGACCGCACUCUCGCCCUCCAACUGAUCAAGAUUCGUCUCAGCGCUUCGCAUGAAACCGAAGUUGAGGGAAUCCCGUCGCAGAACUCCUUGGAGAAGCGUGAAAUCGAGCCCAAGCACAAGGAGCUUCUCGAGCUCCCUGUUCGUGCUCACAUUCGCAACGGCCUCAUCUCCGACGUCCAGUUCGACGGCGAAGACCAGGAAUGGUCCAAGAACGCCAAGCGCGCCGUCCUGAACAUGCUCCAGCUGAACACUGAGCAGCACAAAGACGAGAAGUUCGAAACCGAACAGCUCGAGAGCAACGACAAGCACUUCAACAAGAUGGAGAAGACCAUCGAGGGAGAAUGCGAAGUUUCUUACACCAUUGUCGAAGAGUCCCAGAAGACCAUCGUCACCAAGUCUGUCAACUUCGACAAGUGCACUACUCGUCCCGAAGCCGCCUACGGCCUCCGCUUCGGAUCCAAGUGCGAUCAGUGCGAGGAGCAGAGCAAGCACAUUCAACCCAUGACCGUCUACACCUACGUCAUCGAGAAGGAGCAGAUCCAGAAGGUCGACGUCGUCUCCGUCUACACCAUCAACAUGAACGGCCAGGAACUCAUGAAGACUGAGACGCGCUCGCGCCUUACUCUUGAGGAGGUCCACUCGAUCAAGAAGCAGAUCCAGAAGGUCGAUGGCGAGAAGGAAGAAAUCAUCUACUCCGCUCAGUUCGAGAAGCAGGUUGAGGAGUUCUACAAGAAGGGCGACAAGGCCUCCGUCAACCCCUUCGAGCAGUACCAGACCGAGAAGAAGAUCCAGCAGAUCAAGACCAUCACCGAGCAGAUCAUGGAGAACGAGGACAACAAGCAGGAGACUGCCCACCACCUCGCCCGUCUUGUCAGCCUCGUCCGCAUGUGCACCGUCGAAGAACUUGACCAGAUUCACUCUGAAAUCUACGAGAAGGCCGACAAGAAAGUUCGUUUUCAUUUCUUAGUUCAGAAAACGAUGAUUUUUUUUUAGAACAACUUUUGACGCCUUCAUUCAAGCUAUGGCUGAAAUAAAAAAAUCUAAAAAAAGAAUUCGGAAAAAAUUACAGAAGUUUUUCAGAUUUUCGUGUAAUAGUAAGCUUGUAAUUGAAAUGCGCCUUUUCACUUCAGUUCUACAGAAUUUGAAAGUCGCAAAAACUUUUUGACCAUUUUUUUCAUCCUAAAAUGUAUAUUAUCAGCCAGUUCAUUGCAGUCAAAAAUUGAUUCAAAAAAAGAAAAAAAAAGGUUUCCUUAAAUUUCAUAAAGAACUUUAACAUCCAGAGCCAGAGAAGAGCUUGAAAUGAAAACCUUGUAACUUCGUUAAAAAAAAUGUUUUUCAGGUUCAAGCUUUCUUGGAUCAUGUCCACGCCAUUUGCGGAACCAAGAACACUAUUCACCACUUGAUCCAGCACAUCGAACAGAACAAGUUCUCCCCUCUUGAAGCCGCUCAGCUGCUCAAGUCCGUGCAGGAGACUCCCUAUCCUUCGGAGCACAUCGUCGAAAUUCUUCUCCAGCUGGCCAAGUCCAAGAUUUCCCGCGAAAACGAAGUUAUCCGCCAAUCUUCGUGGCUCGCCAUUGGCUCUGUCGUCCGUGGAGACGUUUCUCAGACCCCUGAAAUCCAUCUCGUCAAGGAACACUCUGGCGAACUCAAGCAGAAGUAUGUCCGCGUCUUCAUGAGCCUCUUCAAUGAUGCCGAAACCACCUACGAAAAGAUCCUUGCCUUGAAGGCCCUUGGAAACGCCGGAAUCGACGUCUCCGUCCAGGAGCUCGAGAAGAUCAUCUACGACAAGCGUCAGCCUCUCCCUGUCCGCAUGGAAGCCAUCGAUGCUCUGCGUCUCCUCAAGGACCAGAUGCCCCGCAAGAUCCAGAACAUCCUUCUGCCCAUCUACAAGAACCGUCAGCAGACCCCCGAACUCCGCAUGGCCGCUGUCUGGCGAAUCAUGCAGACUCUCCCUGAAGAGCCUGUGCUUUCACAGAUUGUCUACCAGAUGGACCGUGAGUCCAACCAGCAGGUCGCCGCCUUCACCUACCGUCUUCUCCAGUCGCUUUCGCAGUCGACAAACCCGUGCUACAAGAGUGUUGCUUCCAACAUCCAGUCGCUCCUCAACUUCGUCCGCUACCAACCUCAAGAAGGCGUCCUUGCCUCUUUCUACCAGCUGCCUUUCUUCUCUGAGGAAGCUCUGUCUGGUGCUCAACUCGACAUGGCUGCCAUCUUCGGCAAGAACUCCGUUCUCCCCAAGGAACUGACUGCCUCGCUCGACUCCGUCUUCGGAGGAAACUGGAACAAGUACCUUGUCCAGAUGGGCUUCUCCCAGAACAACUUGGACCAGAUCGUCAUGAAAGCCCUCAACAAGCUCCAGAAGAUGGAUUCCGAGAAGACCGUUGUCCGCGGACGCCGUGUUCAGUCUGGAAUCUCUCUUCUCAAGAAACUGGCUCAGAAGAUGAACAUCCGCUCGCGCAGUUCUUCUGAAGAGACCCAACAACCUCACGCCGCCUUCUACUUGCGCUACAAGGAGAUGGACUUCGCCGUCCUCCCCAUUGAAGUCGAACAAAUCGAGCGUCUUGUCGAGAAGUACGUCAAGAACGGAAAGAUCGAGACUUCGUCUCUUGAGCGUCUGUUCAACCAGCUUCCGGAAUUCAACAACCACCACGCCGCCUAUUUCUUCGACAUGACCCGCAAGGUUCCUACCAGCAUGGGUCUGCCUUUGGCUAUCACUGUCAAGCUCCCUACUGUCUUCUCCGUCCAAGGAAAGCUCUCCGUCGAGCUUAUGUCUCUUGAAAGCCGUUUCACUCUUGAGGUCCAGCCUUCCAUUGCUGCCACUCACGUCACUCAGAUGCGCUUCUGGACUCCUCUUUUCGAACAAGGAACCAAGUCGCUCAGAUCCAUCAGAGCCAAUGUCCGCGUCAAGAUGGACGCCAGAAUCAUCCUCAAGAAGGACGUCGAAGUCGAGCUUUCUUUGACCAUUCCUCAGGACAAGAAGACCACCAUCCAGGUCUCCAGCCGCCCAGUCGCUUUCUUGCGAUUCCCUACUUCUGAAGAAAUGAACUACGUCGAAGCUGAAGAGAAGACUUUGGUCGCUCCUCAGUGGCAGCGCAAGACCGUCGAGGUUGAGCGAUCCUACAAACUUUUCGGUCUUGAGAUGACUGUCCGCGGAAACAUGCUCAACCAGUGGACCUGGGAGAACGCCGCUCUCUGCGAGCAGGACAUCGAAUACACCGUCGAAAGCCGCCGUCAAGAAGGACGCUUCACGGCUCGUUUGAACAUUGGAAAGCUCCAAACUUCUCAGCUGUCUGAGGUCGAGUUCAACAACGUCUUCGAGCCUGAGUUCGAAUCUGAAGACUCUCAGUUCGAGAAGCGCAAUGAGAACAAGCGUCGUGAGCACUUCCACAAGAUGAUCCGCGACAUCCAGUCUGGCUCUGGCUACAAACAUCGCCUGACUCUCAAGCUGGAGACUCCCGAUGAGAAAUACUUCAACUCUGAGCUCACCACCGUCCUCGACAAGGAAGUUCGCGUCGUCAAGGCUACCUUGGAAGCCCGCCGUUCGCCUUCUCACCCUGAACGCAAAGAGUGGAACCUCGAUUGGGAACUUCUUGUCGCGCUCCCGGAAAUGCCCAACACUCUUCGCCAGCUCAAGGAUUUGCCUCAUCGUGAAGUCCAGGCUACGAUUGUUUCCCGCUGGGGAUCUGAGAAGCAGAAUGAGCUGAAAGUCAACGUCCAGCUCGAACAGAGCCCUGAGCAGAAGAAGUGGAUCCACAGCAUCGAGCGUGAAUCCAACGGCAUGCUUGAGUACGAACGCCUUGUUAAGGCCGCCCGCCUCAACCAGAUCAGCGCCGUCGCCAACUACAAACUGAACCGUGAGAGUGAAUUCGUCUUCGGCCGUCUGUUCAACCUCGUCAAGGCCUACUCUUUCUGGAGCACCCAGGAACGUUCCCAGGACAACCAGGAAAACCGUGUCGUUCUCCGUCUGACCGUUGAUCCCAUCACUCGCCAGUACUGCAACGUCUCCGUCCAGACUCCUGAGCAGCACGUCGUCAUUUCCAACGCCGAACUGCCCACUCGUGUCUACCUGCCUUCCAUUGCUCAACGCUCCAUGCGUCGUGCUCUUUCUGAGAAGGUCAACGCUGUCUGCGAGCUCGAGCAGGACCAGGUCACCACCUUCGACAACCUCAUCUACCAAGCUCCGCUCACUACCUGCUACUCGGUCAUCGCCAAGGACUGCUCUGAGGAAUCUCAGUUCGCCAUCCUCGCCAAGAAGUCCAACAAGAAGGGCGAUCUUCUGAAGGUCAAGAUUGUCAAGGAAAACGACGAAAUCGUCUUGGAACAGCGCAACGGAGAAAUCAAGGUUGAGGUCAACGAGAAGAAGGUCAACAAGCCUUCUGAGCUUUCCCAGUACAAGUGAGCUUCUUUCAUGAGUCUAUUUCAAUGGUAAACAACUUUAGCAUCGAACUCAUCAACGAGAAGCUCGCUGUCAUCCAGCUCGAAGACGGAGAAGUCCAGUUCGACGGCUACACCCUCAAGACCAACAUGAACCAGCUUUCUCAGGGCAGACUCUGCGGACUCUGCGGAAACAACGACGACAACGUAUGGAAUCACUUCUGUUUCAAACAAAAUUUCAUACUUUCAGUCUGACAACGAGUUCCGCACCGCUGAAGACAACGAAACCAAAGACAUCGAGGAGUUCCACCGCUCUUUCCUUCUCAAGGAUGACGUAAUUCUUAAUUUAUAACUGCUAUUUCUAUGGAAUAUUUUCAGGAGUGCGAAGUCGAAGAGAGCCGCCUCUCCGAGAAGAAGAACUACAAGGUCUCCAAGUACGAAAACGAACAGGAAAACUCUGAGCAGUACGACUCCGAAGAGUACGAGACCGAGAGCCGCGAAUCGCGUCAGGAGAAAUCCGGUUGGUGAUCAAGCUAACUUCAAGAUUGAUGGGAAGUUUUAGAACUUGUCGAAAAGACCAAGGUCGUCGAAUACUCCCACCGCGUCUGCUUCUCGCUCGAGCCCGUGAAGGAGUGCCGCCGUGGCUUCGAAGCCGAGGAAUCGCAGCCGAAGAAGGUGCGAUUCACCUGCCUGCCCCGCCACAAGGCUGAAGCCCGUCGUCUCCUGAACGACGCUCGUGAGAAGACCCUCCGUCUUGAAGGAUACCCCAUGUCCUUCGUCAAGAGCGUCGAGGUCCCCACCGCCUGCCUUGCCUUUUUAAUUCUUCUCCUUUGUGUAACUUUUUACAAUAAAAAUUUUAUAAUUCUUUAUUUUUUUGUCCUUUAAAAAUUCAUUUCAAUCAAUAACUUCAAAAAUUUGAAAAAGAUCUCCGGCAAAAAUGUCCUCAGUUGGGAAUUCUGCUCUGGGAAGGGAAAUUUUUUUAAAUUGAACUGAAACUUGGAUAAAAUACAAAAAAACGUAUCUUAUAGCUUCAUCUCAAAAAAAUUGUCAAAAGGUAACGAAAAUUGGUGGAAAUUUCUCAUUUUUUUUCAAAGCUCUAUUUUUUUCAUGAUGUAUACAGGUGAACGGCGUAUAUGUCUUAAGAACUAGAUACACCACGUCUAAUUAUCCCUGCUGUAAUUUAGGAAAAAAUCCCUAGUCGAAAAUCUUAUUAUAAAGGCUGUUUUGAGGUCCUCCCAGGCAAAGAAAAUGAUUUGGUUGCAAAAAAGUAAAGCCAUGGCUAUUGUGGUGCGGAGAAAUGAGGUCUCUGAAUAAUUUAUUUGGCAGAUAUGUGGUUAGGCGCAGUUCCUAAUCAAGUAGAAUAUUCGAAAAGACACUUCGAAUUACCCUCCCGACAUGUUAUGCUUUGCCGAAUUUCUGCUCGCAACAACGUCUGGCGCGAUCUUGAAGAUGAAUAUACUAGGUAGAUAAUUAUAGAUUUCAAUCAAAUGGCCACUCGUGAACGCACCACUGUUUUUAUUGUAUGCGAUCAUCGUCGCUCACCCGCAACACUCGCUAAUUGACGCGGAUUUCCGUGCAAGACUGAGUGUCCCGCAAGGUGACCUUUACCUCAUCGGAUUUUCUUCUUUCGGAAUUAGAAUAAUGCUUGCAAAAUUGAGAAAUUAGGAAAAAGGGAAGACAGUUUUCCUAAAUGACGAAGUUUUUCUCCGAAAGUUGUGCCUUCGAAGCCCCAAUUCAGAAGACCUUUUCCCGUAUUUUUUGUGAGCAGUGAGUGAUUCUUUAGUUUAAUCAAAUAUUUAGAAACUUGUGGUCAGAUUUGAGAGUGAUGUUGUCUUCAACAGAAUCAACGUAAUAUUUUGAACUUCGCAAACAAAAUUCGGAGCUAGUAAACUUUUGAAGUUACAAUUUGAAGCCAUUUUGUUUCUGAAACAGUAAAACCAUAAUUUCUGAAGGAACAGUGUGAAUUGCCAGAAUUUGAGAACUUUCUUUCUUUCAACGAAUCUUUCAUUAGCAAUUGAAACGAUCUCAAAAGAGCUAGUACCCUUAAUUACAAGGUGAUGAAAAGCUUGAUUGAGAUAUUCCUCAGAGCCUUCGCCGACAUAUGGUUACGUAUUAAACGUUCUUAACGACUCAUAAUUAGAGCGCUCGUUGUUUUAUGCACUCAUCAGAGAAAAUGAAACGCUUAGGCAUUAAUUUAUUCUUUUAUUCGAUGAUGGAAAACAUCCAGCAUAAGAUCGAAACUACUUUAAUGUUGAAAAGGCGCGUGUUGAAUUUUCUUCUUCUUUGAAAACAAGAAAAACCAUGAAAGAGUUUUUUCCCAGCUAAAAAAAAUGUCCGGAUCUUUUUUUACUGAACAUUGAAAUUAAAAGAGUUAAAAAAACAAUUUUAGAAGCGAGCACUGGAUAAACUAUCACUGUAGAUUUUUUUUUUGCAAGUUCGUGGAGUAGUUUUUCCUAUAACAUAUUGUCUAUAUCUUUAAAUCCUUUCUCCUCUAAGAAAUUUCUGAAAUCCUAAAACCUUUUCAUAGUAAUGUCCUCUUCAUAUGUAUUUUCUCACCCUUCAUAUUGAUUAAACACACUGAAUUAGACUAAGAGAUGGACUUCUUGAUCCUUUUUGUGAGCUUGAAGGUUCUGCUCGAUUUUUAAUAAAACAGACGUUUUCAAAUCUUACAAUUUUGGGAGUUUUUUUUUUGCAGAGUUACGAAGGAGUUCAAUUAAAACUCUUUUUUCAUGUCCCAUUAAAUCUUUUUUCUCAAUUUGUCCAUAAGAAAGCACAACUUUAAGAUUUUAAUCCUCAAUCUUUCCGUCUGUCAAAAGUUGUAUGAAAACUUCAAGAAAGAGAAAAGCGUUGGAGACAAAUGUUUACAUCUUGAUAGGGCAGACCUCGGAAAAAAGAAUCUAAUGUAUUUGAUCUGCAGAACGUCUAGAGACGGAAAGGGCAGAGACGACUGGGGGCGGCUCCUCUUCUCCUGGAUCCGAACACGCCGUCUUUUUUAUUAGUUUUCUUUUCAAUUUGUGCCGGAAUAAAACACUGGCGCUUUGUCGCAAAGUUUUGAAGUGAGGGCCUUCAAUUUUUUGUCCUCAAUGCAUUUUCAAUCCGGAAAGCUCGUUCUACUCCAUGUGCUGCGUCGAUUGCACAUAACUUCUUCGAAACGAGGUUACUUUUCUUUGCAUGACGCUUUGACACUUUUUUCUCGUUUGUCACCCAAAUUGAAGCUGUAAACAAAAUCAGAUUUUCUGCACAGAACACAGUUCACGGCCAGCGUUUAUAGGAUCUAAAAAUAAACUUUUCGUUUCAUUUCAAUUGUUCCGUCUCUGUUAAAAUUUUUUAAUAAUGUUGACAACAGACUUCAAAACUUGAUGUUUUUUCCAUCUGAUUUUUUCAUCUGAUGCUUUAUCGUUACAGAAACUCUGAGUUCCUCGAUUGAACUGUUUUUUUUUUAAAUAACGCCAAUGUUGUACAGUUUUGAGCGCUGAGAGAACUUUUGGAUGAAAAAAGGUAAGGUUUUUUCGAAUUUCAUUAUGAUCACGCUCAACCAAAUCUUUAUGUGCGGUUACUAACACCUAUUUCAAUUUAUUUUCAAAUUUAAAUUUGAAAGAUGCAGCUCGAGAGAUUAACUGCACACGGAAUCCGCAUUAUAGUUUUUUCUUUCCGUUUUGAAUUAAAAUUUGUUGACUGAGCAUCUUCUCUUCAAGGGAAUCUAACCAGCAAGAAGGGUCAUUCGACUUUUUGAUUGGAAUGUUUAUGAAAGUAUUCUAAUGCUUUUAGACACUCCAGAUCAUUUUUGAGCUUGCAAAAAAUUUAAAAACGGGGAACAAAAUCAUCGGAAUUUUGUGAAAUUGAUCCUUUCGAGUCUUUGAGACCUUGUUGCUCAAAAUUAAACAAUCAAACUAAAACAGCUUGUUAACUCAUAACUUUUGAUACGACAAGAAAUUUUCUAAACGAGUGUAACUUAGUUACCUUCCUUUUUAGGAGCUAUGCAGGUCACUUUGAAAAACGUCUUUGAACCAAAUUUUUCCUGGCUCCUUCCCUUCGACCCAGCAAGCUAUUAUGAAUAAAUUAUACCUUGCACGCUGAGUAUACGGUAAGGCAAAAGUCUGGCAGCAAAAGAUAAUCCCUCGAUGUCCGAGGCAAUCAUUGCGGUAGAUGACCGUGUGUGUGACCUAGACUUGGAGCUCGCUGGCACCAUCCGCCGCACCGAUUUCGGAUUUCUCGACCUCUCGACAUUCUUUCGCACGUGCACGAUUUCGCCACGCAAACCUUGUAAUCUCGUGUCCUUGCCGUCCAGCUCCGGCUCAGGUCUUUUGUCCCUCGACUCGGAUUUCUGCUCUUUUGUCUGUAACUAA